CUGCUAAAUUGCAAGAUUUUACAAAUUCUAAUUAUGCUAUGAAAGUUUAUGCAAAGCGAGUAUUCGUCAAUUAAAUCGCUCGCGCUGUGUUAUUAGAGUCUUUGUAGAUGUUUAUCAAACAAAGUUGAUUAAGCCACCUGAUCGGAGGAAAUGCAAAAAUUUUAAGAACGCCCUGAAGUGGUGAAUUUGGUCGAAUUGAUGUAACGGUGUGGUUUUAUUUCAAGAGCCCUGCGGAAAACGGAUCAAGUUUCGUAACAAGUAGUCAAGCAAUUCAUAAAACGCACUAAGACCGGCUAGAAUUGGAAAUAUUUCAGACAGGGUGUUGAUUCUUAAAAGACCAAAAAGCACGGAAAUGUGGUUAAAGAAUUGAGGCUGUUUUAGUGGCUGUUAAAGACAUUAUUUCAAUAUGAGUGUUAGUUCAUCAAGAUACCCGCUUAUUCGCAUCAGCAAGACAGGAGAAAUGAGGCUGAAGAACAAGGUUGGAAAUGCAAUACUCAAGGAAAAUGCCUACGAAGAUCGAGCACUCAGCACGCGCUUGGACGAGUUAUCUAAACAUCAAUUCAGGCAAGAUAAAUACAUGACUUAUAGACAGCUUGAAUUUGCCACGAAGCAGGUUUCAGCGUCAGAAGAACGACCCCGAACGCUAAAUGGACAAGAAGGCAUCAAACAGGUUCAACAAAAUGUCGAUAAUGGCGAACAGUUACCCCCGAUAGAUACGCGAGGAAGAUCAAAUAUCGUAGCUUCGAAUUUAGAAGCGUGUCGCACAAAUCCAAGCGGGGAAUUAGUUGGAAAUGAUAAAGCAAAAGGACGUUGGGAAAAGGCAAUAACUCUUGUUCGAUUAGCGGUGCAAAAUAGGCCAUCGCAGAAAGGCAGCGCAAAGCCGUUGUCAAGUCCUAGGAGAAAAAUAUCUGGAAAUAAACACGUUGAUGUACACGCGAGCGACACGCCGGAUCGACAUCAGUUACCACCAAUUCACGGAAACGAGGGAAUACUUAGGGAACCGUUAGGGUCUCCAAAGAGAAAGCCACCGCUUCGAAAACAGCCGAGUUUACCAGAAAUGCUCAGAGUCUCUCGAGAAAAAACUCAAAAGUGCCUUGAGGAUCCGAGGUUCAUGAAACUCGAGCAGUGUUUAAGCGAGACAAAGGAUCAUCCAGAAUCGAUCAGACGACCCAGAAAAAAUUCAAGAACAAAACGAGCUUCUUCGGACAGAAUUCGCGACAUGUACAAUAAUAAUAAUUUCAGCUAAAAAAGCAUUUGGAGAGGAACUCGACUAUGACUGAACUUAAAAUUAUAAAUUAUUCAGAUCAUACACAGCUGUAUACAUGAAAAAAGAAGCUUAAAAUCUAAAGAAAACAAACUACUGAGUUCUCGUUCGAAUUUAUUUGAAACGCGCUCUGUACAAAAAUAUACGUAUGGUGAUUGAAAUUGUUGGAAAUCCCAGUAUAGCAACACUAGUCACUCGCGUAGUUUUCUUUUCCUAUCUUUAUUCUAGUCGUUACACGCUUCGUAUCGCGUCGAUCUUAGCCUAUAUCUUUUUUCAAAACCACAAUCCUAAAGACCACCCUUGGUUUUGCGUUGCGAGGUUACACGGCUGACGUCACUUUUCCGACACCCUCCCCCCAUUUGUCUCGGAGAGCAAAUGUCUGUCGAGGAAUGAACCUUAUCACUUAGAUUUUAUGAACGAAUCUAUCAUCUAGAAUUUUCAAUCGAUUUCCUAAUCACACUAAUCAUUGAUCAAUCAGUAGCCAUAGUGGCAGAUGUUCAGUUCAUAAGUAGAAUGUUCAAGCAUCCGAUCCGCUGUUGUCAUCCAAUCUGUUUCGGUUUGGUUCAAAGUUCAACCCCCUUCCUCAUCGUGAGCAAGAUCCUCCAUACGUAAUCUUGCUGCGACGGCUGCAUCACGGGAAGGCCUGAACGCUGGCGCUUCAAUGCGCAACUCGGUCGUUGGAGGUCUGUCGCCGUCUCCCGGUCGAUCACAUGACAGUUCUAACGGAUACAGCUGCUGUACUGCUCGCUCUAGAUGUGAGGUCCCUGUGCGCAACUUUACUCCCCGGACAACACCGUCACGCCCUUUGAUUAGUUCCGUGACGAUCCCGACCUUCCAUUUCCCGCGAUUCUUGUCGUCCGACUUGAUCAGCACGACCUCGCCCACAAUAGGAUUUUCGGGCUUUCCAGGAUUCUUUAGACGAUGGCGUUCGCGCAGCCCCUUUAAGUACUCCCCCGUCCAUCGCUUCCAGACGGCCUCCUUGCAUCGUCUGAGAUACUUUGCUCGCUUGCGUAAUUCACCGUCUUCUAUGCAGUGCGGUUCCAACUCGAGUAGUGCAUUUGGUUGACCAAACAACAAGGAGUGGGGGGUCAAGAUCGGUAGCUGCACAUCGUCCUCCACGUAACUUAAAGGUCGGUUGUUGACUGCAACCUCUACGUCUAGUAUAACCUCCUCUAACUCGGUCCACGUUAGGAACCCGUUUCCAAUGGUCUUCUGUAGACUUCUCUUCACCAAUCCAACCAUUCUCUCGAACUGCCCUCCCCACCAGGGCGCUCUGCUCAGGUUGAAUUGCCACUUGAUUUCUUGACGGGAGAGGAAUUCGUUGAGGCGUUCGUCAGUCAUCACUUGUUUCAGCCACUUAGCUGCUGCCACGAAGGUACUCCCGUUGUCUGAGUAAAUCUUUUCUGGCCGCCCACGUCGGGCGAUAAACCGUUUCAGGCAUCGAAGGAAUUCUCCCGUUUCUAGGCUGGGUAGUAGCUCAAGGUAAAUUCCUCUGGUCAGGCUACAGGCGUAAAGCGUUAUGUAAGCUUUGCCUUCAUGAUUCCUCCCCUUUCUAUACUUCAGUGGUCCGGCGAAAUCCACUCCGACUACUUGGAACGCAUUUUUUCCUUCGGUACGAUCCCUUGGUAGCUGUCCUGGUGGCGGAACCGCAAACGCUGUGGCGCGGAACCGCUUGCAGCCGUUACAAGCUUUAACGACUCUUUUUGCAAGGCGACGCAACCUGGGAACCCAGUACCUUUCACGAAUCUUUGCCAUUGUGAGGCUCACUCCCCCGUGGAGUGUCCUGAUAUGUGCGUCUGCCACCAUCUUCUCCGUGAACGGAUGAGACUCAGGCAAGUAAAUGGGAUAGUCUCCCUGAAUCCGCCCUCGGCAUUCCAGUAACCCGUCUGCGUUUUCUUGUAGGUUCAGCUGAACACGAUGAUCUUCGAACCGCUCGUCUCUCUUGAAUUUCACCUGUGUUCGCUUUAGCCACAGGUGUCGCUGCAUCUCGAUCUCCUCUGUCGUGAGUGGUCCCUUAGAUCUUCUCGUCUUUUCGCUCCGUAGGUUAUGUAUGAAUCGAGUCACCCACGCACAAACCCUUAGGGUUUUCCAUAAGUUGAACUUGAUCAGCAAGGCGUCUAGGAUGUCUGUCUUAGCUUGUGCUACAGCGAAUACGUCCCGUAUCACUUUUGCUUCCGCCUGACUGUCUGGUGUGGCCGUUGUCUUAAUAUGUCUAGUAGCCACUCAGGCCCUCUCCACCAUAGCUCUUCAUUUUCCACGCUUCCGCUCCGACUGCCAAGGUCAGCUGGGUUGUCCUUUGUACCCACAUGACGCCAGUUUACUUCUGGGUGUUGCUGGAUUUUCUGCACUCGAUUGCUUACAAACUGCUUGUAACUCCCUGCUCCCUUGAUCCAAUGUAACGCAACGCUGCUGUCCAACCAGCAAACCAUAUUUCCAACUGGGAAACCCUCUAAUGCUUCCUUAACGUUCACAAUGAGAUUGGUCGCCAUGUGACCGGAGACCAACUCGAGGCGGGGGAUGGUGAGGCCUUGCUUCGCCAGUCUAGCCUUGGCUGCUAUCAGCCCAACACUAUCACCGGAUGGUUGAGAUAUGACACCGUACACUGCCGCAGAAACGCCUUGUCCGCUUGCGUCGCCGAAACAAUGUAGCUCAAUGUUGCUGAUCUCUUCAAAGUGUUGAGGUAUGGCUCUGGGUACGGAAAUGCUCACUGGUAGCUGUGCUUCCCAUCUUGACCACUUGGUUCCCAGUUGACCAGGAAGUUGAGCAUCCCAUCCGACUUUCAAAUCACAUGCGUCUCGGUACAGUAGUUUUCCACUCAAUGUCAUAGGCGCUGCGAGCCCUAACGGGUCAUACACUCUUGCUAUCUUCGCUAGUAUCCCUCUCUUUGUCACUUGGGUGCGGUCAGUUGGGAAAUUUAUUUCAAUGGUAUCUUGUCGCUUGUUCCAUGGAAGCCCGAGAAUAGAUCCCCCUCCUUCUUGAGGUGCACCCAACUGUUCUUUCGCGAAUGUAGUAUCUUCGCUAAGAGGAUCACCAGGGGACUCCACUGCCGGAACAUUUGAAUGCCACUUGUGCAGCUUGAAUGAGGCUUGGUUAAAGACCUGGGUAACGCCUGCUUUGACUUCAAGGGCAGCUUUUACGGUGGGUCCCCCGCUGAUAAGGUCAUCGACGUAUAGACUCUUCUCUAUUUCCCUCACCAGGUCCGGAUUCUCGGUACGACAGGCUUCCAGGUGUUGUUUGAUAACUCCCCCAAGAAGAAAGGGCGAUGGGGCCAAACCAAACAGAGCUCUCGUGAAUCUCAGUGUUUCCACUCGCCUGGAUUGCAAGUCCGUGAUCCAGUGGAAUCUCAUGGCAUCCCUGUCUUCUUCCCGUAUUCGUACUUGUAAGAACGCUUGCUUGAUAUCACCUGUUAACGCGACUGGGUGGAAACGUGCACGGACAAGAACAGCCCAAAGCUUGUUCUGCAACGGAGGUCCCGCGUGAAGGCACUCGUUGAGAGAAGGAGCCUUCUCUGAAGCUCGGGCAGAGGCGUCGUACACGAUUCGAAGUUUGGUACUCUCUGCAGCUUCUCUCACCACUGCUUUAUGUGGAAUAUAGAACUCCUUUCCCACUGGUGGGCCUGACACUCGCUCCACUAUUCCUUCGUUAAGCUGGUCUUUAAUUAUGGCGUCAUACUUCUGGAGUAUUCCGUUCUUCUCCAGUUUCCGAAUGGUACUUUCCAAUCGCUUCAAGCUUCCCGCUCUGUGGUUGGGCAGUGGAGGGUGGUUUCCCCUCAGGGUAGCCCCCCGUCUCGUACCAUCCCUCUGGCCCUCGUGUUAAUUGUUCCUUGAAUUCUUCAUAAACAUCUGCUUGAUCUCCGCCUGGUGUGUCACGCAAUCCUAGAACAUCUAAUUUGCAUAGUUGUUCGUAAUCUGCCGCUGUCGUCUGGGUCAAGAACAUAUUAGAGAGGUCAACUUCUUUACCUGGUGACAUAAUUGUCCAUCCGAACUUUGUUAGCUCUGCAACAGGUCCGCCGGGACAUCCGAUCUUUGGUAUGGUUUCUGUCUUUAUUUUCGCGUACUCGCUCGCACCCAGGAUAAUGUGGACUGGUAGCUCAGGCUUCUCGUCUCUGUCGUCCAUGUAUACCCCAUCCAAGUAGGGAUAUUUCUCCAGUAUCCCAGCAUAUCCUGGGUUGUCAAGUGAUAGCAAUGUACUACGGUCCACUCUGGUGACUUCCGUUUCCAAUCGAAAUUUUCCAUCAAGGCUGCCAAUCGUCACGCUAUGAACUCCGAUGACCUUGUUUGUUGACCCAAGCAUCAUCUCUAUGCGCUUGAAUUCUUCUCGUAGCGGUUUGUUUCCCAGGUGUUCAAGGAUAGCUGACGACGCGUAUGAGCUGCCUGCCCCAGUGUCUAGGAGUGCGCGGCAUUUGAUUCCAUUUACUUCCACGACAACAACGGGAUACACGACUCUCUCUGUUCCUUUGUUUUGUGCCGUCAUAAAUCUUCCCCUCGUUGUGUGACCGCUUGGUGGGCGAUCACAUAUUGACGUGUGAUGUCGGCGUUGACAGUUAUGACACCCGCGGCUUCUACAGCUGUCUGCUCUGUGUUUGUCACUUGUACAAUUAAAACACAACUGUUUUUGGCUCAAAAUUCGUUUGCGGUCUCCGACCGCGACAACUUUGGUGCAAUUAGCGGAUGUGUGGUUCGUGUCAUCGCAAUAGACGCAUCCGCGCAUCUGUCCUCCAUUUGCUUGUUGUUGGACCUGAUAAGACCUUCCGCGUGGCGGCGGAACACGGGCAUUCCAGUCGUUGCGAUCAUUCUUCCUCUUGGACACACUCCCACCAUCGCUUUCUUCUCCUUCUGAAUUUAUGUCUCUCCAACCUUUAAUUGCCUGAAUCAGUUUAGCGAAAUCCCAGUCUCGCCAAUCUUCGUGUCCCCGGACUAAGUCUCCCUUUAUUCCUUUCAGUUUGUCUAACACCGCCCUCACAUUUCCGGAGACUUCACGUAACUUCCCGAGCGUCUCUAAGCUUUGUACAUUGAACAGAAGCCUUUUGUAAAACUCAUUAAUUUCUUUUGGACUGGCGCUUGUGAUGGUAGGCAAACCCAUGAUGUUGUUUACAUAUGCAUUUACAAUUUCUGACGUUUUUCCGUACUCCGAUUUUAGGAUGGCCUUCGCCCUUUCGUACCCCUCAAGAUUGAACGGGAGUCCAUCUAUGUCCGCUCGUACCUUUGUAACAAGGAGUUCCUUUAGAUAAGCGAACUUUGUCACUGCUGACAGAUCCGUCGCGUCUAUUUCCGCGGAAAAUUUAUUCCAAAAAGAGAGCCAUUGUUCGAAGGACCCAUCAAACUUCGUUAUUGAUAGCUUUGGCAACUUUGCGUGCAUUCCGGUAUCGCCUGAUAACCCUUUCCCUUUUUUGCUACCUAAUUCUUCUGAUUUUUUUUCGUAAUCAAGCUUCAUUUCCCAUUGUGCUUUUUCAAACGCGAGUUGCUCCUCUCUCUCCUUCGCGAUUGUCGCUUUUCUCGCUUUCUUUUUCGGCCAUUUGCGAUUUUUUCUUCACCUCCCCCAAACACUUCCCAAGGUAUUCGAUCUCCGCGUCUACACCCUCAAUAACUUUGUCUAUUUCAUUGCUCCAUGCACAUACCUCGUCCAUUUGCUCACCCUUUGCAAUCUUCUUCUCUUCGAUCUUUAAUUUGACCUCGUCCGCUUCUUUUGCUAAACACACCAACCCGUCACGGUGUCUCCCAAUAGUUGUCGCGUUUGCCUUGUCCACAAUGCCCUUUCCCUUUUCUUGCUUGUACGCCAAAAGCUUGAGUUUUGCGUCCAAAUUCUUCUGAAGUGCCUCCAGUUCCAUGUCUCGAUCUCAGUCCCGUCGGAGGUGCCAGUUAGUGUUGGAAAUCCCAGUAUAGCAACACUAGUCACUCGCGUAGUUUUCUUUUCCUAUCUUUAUUCUAGUCGUUACACGCUUCGUAUCGCGUCGAUCUUAGCCUAUAUCUUUUUUCAAAACCACAAUCCUAAAGACCACCCUUGGUUUUGCGUUGCGAGGUUACACGGCUGACGUCACUUUUCCGACAGAAAUGAUUGGUAAUACAAUAAAAUUAUGAGCCAAAACCUUUUUCCUUAACUGCAUAUGCUAACCCACAUGCAAGAAACUUGC